AUGAGUAGAAUAUCAGAUGAACGACCAAUUGAUGUACCGCAAACCUUGAUCGAGCCAAAGGAAAUUGAGACAAAACCCACGGAAAAUGCGACGAAACCGCAGAGGAACACGGCCAAAUUAAAGAAUUUGUACAGUUUUGCUGACAGAUGGGAUGUGUAAGUUGAGUUAUUAGAGGCUUAAGGUUGUAAAUGGAAAUUUAGAACAGGCCGGUAGGUUUAAAAAAGGCUAGGAAUGAGCUGGAGGUGGUACUAGACUUGAAUGUAGUAUAGCUAGGACCGGUUCACAAAAAAUGCAAUGUUUUAGGAUUUAAAAAGUAAUUAGAAGUAAAAUACGGUACGAAUAGUGUUUCUGUAUUGAAAAAAUUGAGAUUUCAGAGUACUAGCAACAUUGGGCCUUUUAACAGCACUAAUACAAGCAGCUCUACCUCCAUUUGUAUGGCUUAUCAUGGGAGAUUUUGUGACUUUUGCUAUUCAAAGAGAAGUAAGACUUUUACGUAUAACUUACUAAGAAAAUGCGCAACCUGUCGUGCUCAGAAUCUGCUCAAAAUUUUUAUAUGAGUUCUUUGUACUACCAAUAGUACCCAUAAAAACGUUUGGCUCGCGCUUUUGAGUUUUAAAUUGGAAAUAUUUGGGUUUCUCGCUAAUUUGGCAUUGUGUUUUCAAGCACUUUUUCGACUUUUCAGACAAGCUAUGCUUAAAAAUUUUAAAGUGUAGGUUCAUUUAAAGUUUUUUAAUAGUAUAUCAAAGAAAAAUGGUUUAAAGUAAAAAAAAUGACAAAUUUUCAAGCUUGAAACACAACGCCAACUUGGUGGGAAAUGCAAAACGUAAUUCUUUGAUCUCGAUUUUCUCGAGAUUUCCUGGAAAGCGCGAUUUAGUACUUUGCCGUAUAUCUUACAUUAACAGGUUUUUGCUAUAUAAAAAGUUUGAAGUCAAUCAGAGCGGGGCAGGUUAGGAAACUUUGCUUGUUAAAAAUAGAAGUAAAUACAUUAGUUUAUAAAAUAAUAUGUAAAUAUAGCGUCACAAGUCAUUUUUUUGGAAAACUUAAAAAUAAAACAAAAAUAUUUUAAAAAAAAGAGAAGAUUCUUAUAUAUUUAAAGAAGCCAAGCAUUUUAAAAAAGCAGUUUUUUUGUCUUUUUGGCCGCUUAAAGGACCACAAAAUCUCCUCACAAAACGUUGAAGUUCUGUGUUAAAAAGCAGGGAAUUUUGAUAUACAUUUAUAUAGCUAUAUAGUGAAUCAUCUGUAAAAGCAACUCUCCUUAUAGUAAACAUGAAAUUUGGCCCCGCCAAGUCAAUUUGCAGUGAAAAGUCUCUCUGUAAAGGCAACACCCCUUAUAGUAAACACAAAAUGUCGGUCCCUUAAUAAUUUGUCACCCCUUUGGAAAGCUAAAAAUUUUAAAUAAAACCACCCCUUUCAAGAAAUACAAGUUUUGUAUAAAACUACCCCUAUUUAGGAAGUAAAAUUUGACUACAACCGCCUAAUCCAACUACAACAAGACGACGAUGUCGAACAGUCAACCCCACUAAAUCAAACCGAAAUGGACACGGAUUAUCAAAUCAGACAACAACAAGUGGAUACCAAGUUCACCAACGCCGCCAUGCCCGUCUUCAUCGCGAUGUUAUCACUGUCGGUGGCGACGUUCAUUGCGGCCUUUAUUCAGGUAAUUUCAGCGAAACAUAAUAUGAUUAAUGGGCUUGCUUAGAGGUUAUGUAUGAGUUGUACGUAUGUGAAGGGUGGGAAAAUUUGAAAUUUUAGGUUAGAGAUUAAAAGAUAUUGAAAUUUGAAAAAAAUACAAAAUUUAAAAAUUUUUAAAAGGCAAACAUUUAAAAAAUCAUUUCAGAUGGUAAUGGCGGGUCAAUUAAAAAACAAUGAAGGGGGGGGAAUAAAGACCAGAUAUUACAAAACAACUAGUAAUGUUACUAUAACCUAUACUACAUAUUUUACCCUGCUUUACGUUGUUAUACCCUAUCCUAUCUUACUCUACCUUACCCUAUUCUACCUUGCCCUACUUUAUUAUACGCUGCCCUAUCUUACUGUACCCUACCCUAAAAACUACCUUACUCUAAAGUGCCGUGAGCUUGCAAUGUUAUUUUUCCCACUGAAAAGAAGAGGUUUAAAAUCUGUUCCCCUCUCUACUCCUCUCAAAAAACGACUUUUAGAGGCAAAUAUGCAUCUUCUAUUCCCCAAAAAAAAUUUUUUACUUUUUUUUUGAAAAACCUACCCUCUAGCCAAAAACGGUUUUUAAUUACACUCUUUAUUACAAGGGCGUGUAAGAACAGAGGUCAACCCGCUAAAAGAUCAUCGAAAACUGAUCAGGUUAUUAAUCGGUGUUAAACUUGAAAUGAUUUAUUUGAUUUAUGAAAUUGAUUAUUGAUAAAAAAAAGUAUAGCAAAGUCACAUUUUUAUAAUAAAAGUUAACAUUUUAGACUGUGGAUUAGUGCUUCUUUGAAUUUUACUGAAAAUUGAAAAAUGAGGUCUAGAUUGAUAAGCAUGGUAAACAAGAAAACAACAGCAUCAGCUAAAAUACUGUAGGAAAAUAAGAGUAUUAGGCAAAGAUAACUAGUGUUACAGCUUGUGUUUUGAUUCUUUUUGUUCUUGAGGUCAAAAAGUAAAUAGCUUCAUAAGCCUGACAUCGUACAAGCUCAAAAUACCUUUACAUGAAGCUUAAAAGGAUAAUAAUGAUAUAGGUAUAGGCUUUAAUACUUUACCAAUGUAGGUAUAGGUAGGUUAUAUUGAAGCUGAACUAAUGUAUAGUUAACAAAAAGAAUACUUUCAGAGAUUAUCAUGGGAAAUUUCUGGUAUUCGACAAGUCUUUCGUGCCAGAAAGACCUAUAUCAGCAAGUUAUUACAUAUGGACAUAGCUUGGUUGGAGUCGAGACAUAGUGGACAAGUGGCUUCUAUGCUUCAUGAGUAAGUACCUACCUCUACUUAUACCGUACCCCUACCCUUACUCUUAGCUUUAUCUUAGUGUAUGUUAUCUUACUAUAUUCUACUGUACGUUACCCUAUAGUUUACUGUAAUAUGUAUUUUUAUUCUAUAGUGUACUGUAAUGUGUAAUUUACCCUAUAGUUUACUGUAAUGUGUAAUUUUACCUUAUAGUCUACUGUAAUAUGUAAUUUCAGUCACUCAGACUCGAUUUAUCAAGGAAUUGCCGAUCAUGUUCCAAUGACUAUCUUUAUAUCAGUAUACCUCGUAGUGACAUUGUCAGUUUGCUUUUGGAUUCAAUGGGAUGUCACGUUAGUAAUGUUACUGGCACUGCCUGUUCUUAUCGGUACUCGACUUAUUUUUAGCAAAGUGAGGUUUUUGUAAAAUACGUGAUACAUUUUAAAAUCAUUUUUAAAAUUUAAAAUUUAUUGUAAAAUCGAAAUUUGAGUGUAAAAUACGUUUACCAAGGAUUUCUGAUACAUAUAUUAAUGUCAUACCAUUUCAGUGGUUUUGCAAAACAAUGGACGAAGAGUUUUCAUUACAAGCCAAAAUGACAAAUUUGGUCAGUGAGACGUUUUUAUGUAUACAAACUGUCAUUUCAUUUGCUUCACAACGACAAACUAUAAAUAAGUAUGAUUUUUUAAAUUUUUUAAAAAUUUUUUGGAAAUUUUUUUCGAAAUUAAAAUAAUUUUUUUAAUCUUUUGCCUUUGUACUAUAAUGGUCUUUCCAUCACAAAACCACACUUUCCAGAUACGAACGCCUAGCUAACGAGCACAAUCGCCUAACGGAAGAACGACUGCGAGCGUCCUCAGUAUACGAUGCCCUAGCUCAAGUCCUCUUCACGGAACUCAUAUUCACAGCCGCGUUAUGCUACGGGAUGUAUCGGGUCGGCGGAGAGAAUUCAGGGCGAUUGGCAGCGUUGGCCAUCAACAUGUUAUACGUCUGUGUCACUUCAAUCAGUAUUGGAUUUCAUUUGAAUGGAAUGAACACUUCAAAACAGAACGCACAGGAAGUUAAAAAGGUCCUGGAAGAGUCUCCAUUAAUUGAAACUGAUCAUAAUGAAAGAAAAGUGGGUUCUUUGGCUUUUAAUUUGAUGUAGAGCAUGUUGUAGUAGCUACUAUAGUAGACAUUUUUCUUGUUUUUUUCAUAAAUUUUCAAUUUUAUAACUCUAACUUAAUAUAUUUCAGAGAAGAGAUCUCGAAUCAUGUCCCAAAUUCAGUAUAAUACAGGAAAGUGCUUCAAUUUCGUUCAAAAACGUCCGCUUCAGUUAUCCGUCUCGUCCCGAUGUUGAGGUAGUUUUUUCGCAUUUUUUUUUCAUAAUUUAUCAAAUAAUUUUGCAGGUAUUGAAAGGAAUUUCAUUGGAAAUUCAAGCUGGAGAACAUUUAGCCAUCGUUGGAGCUAGUGGAAGCGGAAAAAGUACACUAACAGCUUUAAUUUUAAGAUUUUAUGAUCCUCAAACUGGAUGGGUAAGGGUUUUUAAUUUUUUUCAUUGGUUUUUAGGUAAAAAUGCAAGUGGAAGCUGUCAUAAUAUUGAAGAAAACAUCCUUACCUUUCUUUUAAGCCUAUCUAGUGAAUUUUAUAUUAAAAAAAACCAAGAUAUACCUAAAAUUAUCCAAAUUUUCACUGAAAAUCCAAUUUCAACCUCAAUUUAGAUAGAAUUUGAUGGCUUGGACGUAAAAAAGGUCAAUCCAGAUCUUCUCAGAGCUCGUAUCGGAUUAGUUAGCCAAGAACCAACUCUGUUCGAUGGCACAAUCGCUGAUAACAUCAGGUAUGGGAAUCUGAACGCGACGCAAGGCGAUGUUAAUGACGCAGCCAGAAGAGCAGAAGCCUGGCAUUUCAUCAACAACUUGCCAGAUCGAAUGAAAACUAGAGUUGGAGAUAGGUAAGAUGAGUAUGAUUUUAAAAUGGUCUUACAAUUUAAUUUCAAGAAGGAAUGUGUUUUGAAGUUUAGGUAACAAAGUUGUGUUAUAACAGAAAAUGCGUUCAAAAUAGAGGUUUAUAGAUGUAAAAUAAGACCAUUAAGCAUUUUAAAAAAUUUUUUCUCAUGUUGAAGCAAAAUGCUGUAUAAAAGUUAAAUUUUACAGCAAAAAAUUAUAUUACACUUGAUAAAAUGUAAGGUCAGGGCAAAAAAACCUCGAAAAACUUUAAAAUCGGAGCAUUUUCGAUAACAAUUUUAAAAAAAUAUAUGUAAAAAAGAAUUCUCUAUCAUAUAACAUCAAUUUUAAACUAGAUUUUGCAAACAUAGCCCUUUAAGAUACGGAAACCCAAAGUAAAACUGAUAAUUUUCCCCUUUUUGUUUGUUUUCCCAUGAAUAAAAAGCUUGAAAGAACCCUUUCUCUCGCCGUUUCCGGAGGGAUCAGGUGGCCGAGUGGUUAAGGCGAUGGACUGCUAAUCCAUUGGGGUUUCCCCGCGUGAGUUCGAAUCUCAUCCUGAUCGACAUCUUUUUUGGUUGUUUUUUCGUUAUAAUUUCGGGUAAAAAGCGAUUUUAUGGUAAAAUACGUCUUGAAAAAUGAACCCGUUUUAUUUAAAAUGUUAUUUUAGGUAAUAAAAAUACAAAAUUUGUUUAAAAUUCAAGUUUUUUAAGUAAAAAAUAGUUUUUUUUAUAUUAUAGUAGAUUUUUCAUAAAAUUUUUGAUUUUAGAGGUCAUCAACUAUCGGGAGGACAAAAGCAACGCGUUGCAAUUGCAAGAGCUGUGAUAAGAAACCCAUCUUUGAUCAUUUUUGAUGAAGCUACAUCAGCAUUGGACACGAAACAUGAAGGAGAAGUUCAAACAGCUAUUGACGCUGCCAGUAAAGGCAUUACUACUAUCACAAUCGCUCAUCGGUAGGAAUUUAGAAUGUGUUUUUGAAAGUUUUGUAAAACACAGAAGCUAAUAGAACAGGUUUUAAAUUUUUUAAAAUUCAAAUUUCCCGUCUUGUGUUUCAAGUUAUUUAUGAUGUUCUAGCUCAAAAUGAUAAUACUGAUAACUAUUUAACAAAUUUUAAAAUUCUAUCUUCUAAAAACGCCACUUUUUAGUCUAAGCACGGUACGGAACGCCGAUCGUAUCAUCGUUCUGGACAAUGGCAAGAUCAUCGAAGAAGGAACGCCAGAGGAGUUGAUUACGAAUCAAAGCAGUCGAUUCUUUAAAAUGUACGCUGAUCAACGCUUCGAAUCAUUACAAAGUACAGAAAGUUCGCGGCCAAUAUCGACCAGUUCCUCGGCCAAAUCCCUGAGUACGAAGCCAUUAUUGACCGGUAAAUUGUCGAUGGGAUCUUUCGAGAUGCACAAAGUUUUUGUAAGUACUAUUUUUGAAAUGAUUUUAUUGUUUAUAAUGACAUUUUUUGUAAAAUACGGAGUUCCAUCUUUAUAUUUUAAAGUUUUGACAUUACGUUGUUUUACUAUAGAUUUUUUGAAAUUUUGUUACAUUGAUAUUGGUUUUUUACGUUGUUACGUUAUCAUUGAUUUUUUGACGUUAAGUUGAACUACUAUGUAUUUUUUACAUUAUGCUACAUUACUAUUGAUUUUUUUGGCAAUAGGUUACGUUAUUAUUGAUUUUUCCGCAUUAGGUUACAUUAUUAUUGAUUUUUUGGCAAUAAGUUGCAUUGUAAUUGAUUUUUUGACACUAAGUCAACUUAUUAUUGAUUUUUUUGGCUUUACGUUACAUAACAAUUGAUUUUUUGACAUUACGUUAUAUUGCUAUCGAUUUUUUAGUUGUAAUGUUUGUUUAUCAUUUUACCUUGUUUUACUAACAUUACUAACGUUUCAGGAGACCACGUACUGGUUUGUAAGUUUAUUUUUAUUAUUUUUUUGUUGUUACCUAAACUUGUGAAAGGCAAUGUGAAAUAUCAUAACGUUACCUAAAUUAACUUGUAAUAGCAGGAUUGUUACCUAAACUAAUAUUAUGUGGUUUUUUGUUACCUAAAUAACGCUUUUAUGUUUAUUUGUUACCUAUUUUAAUGUAAAAUGUUCAAAAUGUUACCUAAAGGCUUAUGGCUUUAUUACUGUUACCUGACUAUAAUAUGUUCAAAUGUUACUCAAUCUAACGUGAAAUGUUAAAACAUGAUCGUUUUUAAUGUAGCCUAUCCAAAAUGUUACCUAUUUCAACAUAUUAGGUGCCGACAUAAAGAACCCGCCAUACUUUGCCUGCAAUUCCCUGUGAAAAAUGGCGGGUACCUUAUGUCGGCAUCUAAUAAAAUGUUAAAAUGUUACCUAUUUUAACAUAAAAUGUCCAAACUGUUACUUAUUUCAACAUAAAAUACCCAAAGUGUUACCUAAACCUCUAUGUUUUUCCAACAGCUUGUUUUAGGACCCAGAGAAGCGUCGUCAUUGGCAUCGUUCCUCAUUAGGAGCCAAACGAUUGGGUAAAUCAUAUUCAAUGUGUGGUGCCGACAGAGCUAAGCUAGCCCUACCAGUAGUGUCACGAAAGCGAACAAUUCUGAACAAAUCCUUCAGACAACCGAACGUCAUGGAAGUAGUUCACGAGAAGACGUUUGAAGAGGAGACCAUGAGCUUAAGUGUGAGGUUUCUAUCCUUUAUAUGUCGUUAUCCUUAUGUGUUUAGCCUUUAUAUGGUUUAUCCUUUGUAUGUUUGGUCUAUAUAGUGUACGAUUUUUUGAUCUAUUAGUUUGUUCACAUAAUUCUGCGCCCCCUUACCCCACAAAUUUGCUUUGAAAAAGAGGGCGCAGAAUUAAGUGAACAACCUAAUAGUAACAUAGAGAAAACGACCGGUAAUGUUUUGUAACAGAACUUUUGGCGCACUCUGUAAUAUGGGCUUGUAUUAUAUAUAGUGUAAUAUGGAUAUUAUGGUUUAUGUUAUUGGUGGUUUGUCGUGUUUUUGUGUAAAAUACGCGUUUUUGUUUUUUUUCUCAUAAAUGUCAUAGGGUAUUUUAGGAUGUGGUUAGAGAAAGGGUACUGUAGGCUAAUGGCUUAAGCGUGGAAUAGAGGGUGCAUCAUGGUAAAGGAAGGUAUGGUCUUAGGUGCCGACAUAAAGAACCCGCCAUACGUUGCCUGUAAUUUCCUGUAAGAAAUCAUGUCGACACCUAAUAGAAUAAGUCUUGAUAGAUUGGGGCACGUUUAAGUGGGACAGGGCAGGAUGGGACGAAUUAAGGUAUUAUAGGGUGGUAUUGGAGGUCAUAAGGCAUCAAACGUAGUGUAAUGUAUGUUGAGGCAGGAUGCGAUUGACUAGAGUUACUUCAGGGAUGCUAGGGUAAGAUUGAGUAGGGUAGGUUCGAUUUGGGUAGUGUAGAGUAGGUCAGGGUAGCAUACGUGAAGGCAAAGUAAAAAUUGGGCAGGGUAGAGAAAGGUAAGGUACGGUAGGAUAGGAAUGAGUUGGGUAGGUUAAGUUUGGGUAGAGUAGAGUAGGGUAAGGUAAGACAAAGUAAAAAAACAGCGUGGCAAAUGAGGAUUGGGUGGGGUAGAAUCAGGUAACUUAUGGUAGGAUAGAACAGGGCAAGUGGGGUCAGUAGUGCAUGAUAAGGUAAAUUAGGGCAUGGCAGGUAAAUGUAAAAUACGAGGCGACGUACGAUAGUGUAUGGUAAGGCUGGAUUGGGCCGGGUAGUGUCAGAUAAGGUAUGGUAGGGUAAGCAUGAGUAGGAUAGAGUAGAGUAUGUUAAGAUAGAGGAGGGUAGCGAAGGGUAUUGAUUUAGGUAAGGUAUGGUGGGAAAAGGUAGAGUAGGGUGCGAUGCUGUUUGUAAAUGUAAGGUAGAGUAGAUUAGGAUAAGACACGGUAAAGAAGGGUAGUUAUUGUUUGGUGAGGUAUAUAUUACCUUGUCAAUAGUUUACUUUGCUCUACUGUAGGGUAAGGUGUCAGGUAGGGUAGGGUAUUUUAGAGUAGGAUACGAUAGUCUAGAGUAUAAUAUAGCUGUUUACAUGUCUCUUACUUUAUCUUUUUAUAGUUAUUCAAUAUAUAAAUGUUAAUAAAAAUGUAAUGAUAACAUCAAUCUGAUCACAAUCACCACUAUUACAGUUACCAGGCAGGUCCACCAGUUUCAAAGCGGUAUGGCACUUGAUAAAACAAUACCGACAAGGCUACACCUACCUCCUCUUCGCUCUACCUACUACAAUAUUGCGAGGCCUCUUCUUCCUACUGGUCUGUUUCGAAGUGUCAUCAGUCUUGGAGAUCUCAAUGCUACCUCCAGAGGACGUACCACGCCAGCUGUUCAUCGUCGCCGCCGUAUAUACGGCGUUGAUCAUAGUAAAGACGAUAUUCGAAGCGGUUGGUCGAUUAUUUGUGGCUUUGUACGGACAUGGCUUCUGUACUCAGUUGAGGUCACAGAUGUUCAAAAAGCUACUGCGACAUGGAGCAGCGUACUUUGAUGAGGAGUCACAUACACCUGGACGGUUGGUACACAAGAUGAUCACUGAUACGGCUAGUUUGAAUAGGGUAAGGAUGAUAUUGACAAGAAGUUGAGGCUUUUAAGGUAGGGUAAAUUAGAAUAUAAUAAAUUUGAGUUGGAAAAGGCCAGGCAGGGUAACAUACGGUAGUACUACGUACAUUCGAGUGUAGUAUUAAUUGGUUAGGUUAUGGUAGGGUUGGGAAUGCCGAGGUAGGAUAACAUACGAUAGCAUGAGUAGAAUAAAGUAAAAAAUCAUGCUGUUGAUUAAGCCAGUGUUAGGUAACAUUAGGUACUGUAGUAUUCUUUAGGUACGGUAGUUAGUACUGAACACAUUUCAGUUCAAUAGUAGGUGGCUAGCAUAUGAUAGGGUUGGGCAUAGGCUAGGCAGAGCGAUUUAUAUGUAUAGUAGGUAUAUACGACAGGGUAGAGCAGAGUAAAUUAAUGUGCAGUAGCAUGGAUAGAAUAAAGUAAAAAAGUUUACUUUAGGUUCAUCUAUUGAUUGUUAUGAUUAGGUACUGUACUAUUACUCAAGGUAUCGUAGAGUGUGCAGCCCUAUGUAUAUAUAGGCACAAUAGUAUCGGAUAGGGUAUGGUACGGAUGAACAUAAUUAGCCGGGAUAAUAUACGAUAUCGUAGAAUAGGUUAGCAUACGGUAGCAUGAAUGGAAUAAGUAAAGUAAAAAAUAUUGUUAUAGAGUCACCAAGUGCUGGUUAGAAUUAGCUACUGUACUAAUGCUCGAAGCAUAAUAGGGUAACCAGAGCAAUGCAAAUAUGGGUAAAAUAGUAUUGAUUAGGGGAGGAUUAGGGUGGUUAAGAUAAGGUCGGUUGGGAAGUAUUGGAAAUCUUACGAUAAGAUUUUAUGUUACAAUAGGGCUUUUUUUACUGUAUAAUAAGUUUAGAGUUUCCGGCCGAUUCGUUAUAUAGCGGUUAUACAGCACUUGUACUAAAUAGUACAACCUAUUUUAACAUUUAAUUUGUUUUAGAUAAUGGGCGAAAAGCUUGACCUACUACUACCGGCUGUGAUAUGUUCGACCGUCUCCAUCACUGUGGCUCUACUGAUCAAUUGGAAAUUGGCAUUACUUUGUGGAUUCCAGUUCCCAGCUUUCUUUUUGUUCAGACUCAUUGAGCUCCGAGAAACUUCCAAACGUCAACGAGAAAUGGCAGAGGAGGAGAAGAAGGUGGCUAAUGUAAGACACUUUAUAGUUGCUGUUGAUCUUUAGAUCAAAAAGUUUGUAGAAUUUUGAUUUUUUAUGAUUCUAUAUUGAAGUAGGGGUGAGGGUAUGACAGAUCAGGCCAAGGUAGGGUACGGUACUGUAGGUUAUACUAAUCUACCUUACUCUACCUUUAGAGGUACUACUUUAUCUUACCUUACUCUAUCCUUAAUUAUUCGUCUAUCUAACCCUAUCUUAUAUCACUAUGGUCUACCAUGUGAUCAGAAACAUGUUUUCAGUUGGCAACAAUCGUUUUGAGCAAUAUGGGAACAAUCAAAGCCUACGGCCUUCAAGAUCACUUUGAUACCAUCUUCAGGAACGCUUUAAAGCCAAUGCAAAGGUGGGUAGACUUGAUGUCGUGUAAGGUCAAUGCAGGAAAGUCGCUACAGAUUUUUUUUGGGUAGGGGGUGCCAUUAAUCAACCAUGUUUCUUGAAUAUAAUUUCUAAAAGUAACUUCAGUGGAACCCCUACGAACUCCUCUAUAACAAGUUUUCUGUAUAACGAACAACUUUCAAAUCUAUGUAUAUUACUACACAGUGGCUUUAAAAACCCACUAUGUAUAUAACGAAGCUACUUCAUAACGAACAAAUUAAAAACCCUCGAGCAAUCCGUUAUGCAGAGGUUCCACUGUAUUUGACAUUUGUCUGAACUUGACUGUGAAUUCCCGGGCCAGCCAGUGAUAAUUGGGCUAACCCGGGCUAGACAUGGGGGACGGGACGGGCCUGAGCAAAAUUUAGGACGGGCCGGGCUCGGCAAGCACGGCCCGUUUCCAUGUAAAAAAAAAUUCAGGCUUGGCCUGAGCAACACUGACUAUUGUUAGAUCGGGUGGGGCCCGGAUCGUUUCCCAUGUCUUGUCGGGCUUUGGUUUGAUAUCUAUGUUAUCUUUGAACCUACGUAUGAAGGCCCGGUUUUUUCAAAAUUGCGGCCGAUUCUCUAUCGAACCUAGUCCACCCACUUUUACUUGGAGUUUAAAAUUUUUGUUGGUUUUAAAUGGAAAGGCCGAGUUUGAAUUUUUUUAAAUUUUUUUUUAGUUUAUUAAAAUUUUGGCCAACUUUUAAACUUUGAGUUCUCAAUUUAACGAAAAUCUUUACAAUUUAACCGCAACGUAACGACCGGUAAAGUUUUGUAACUGACCUUUUGGCGCACUUUUUCUAUGGUAAAAUACGCCUUUUUUAAUGGGUCUGUUAAAUUUUAAAACUUUUUUUUAGUGCAAUGACCCGCCAAUCGUGUAUAUCAGCCUUCGUGUUCGCCUGUCAAUUUUCAUUUACAUACAUUUUGAUUGCCAUCACAUUGUAUUUCGGCAAGGAUAUGAUGAUCAAGAAUGAGAUUGAUCCUUUCGAUUAUUUGCGGUAAGAUUAUUGAUUUUUUGAGGAUUUUAGGUAACAAAAAAUCUUUUUAAUUUUAAGUAAUGAAAUUUGAUUUUUUGGAUUUUAGGUAACAAAGUGAAACUUUUCUUGAAAUUUACGUUAUAACAAUUGGAUUUUUUAAAUUUUAGGUUACACAAUUUUAUUUUUUUUUGUAAUUCAGAUAAUAACAUCUUAUUUUUUACUGUUUUUAGGAAAUAAAAUGUAAAAAAUGUAUAUUAAUUUUAGGUAAUAAAAUCUAUUUUUUUCUGUGUUUUUAGGUAACAAAGUCUAACUUCUUUGAAAUUUAGGUAAUAAAAAUGAGAUUUUUUAAAGUUUUAGGUAACAAAGUCUAACUGCUUUGAAAUUUAGGUAAUAAAAAUGGAAUUUUAGGUAACAAAAUUUCAUUUUUUGUAAUUUAGGUAAUAAAAAUGAGAUUUUUUAAAGUUUUAGGUGACAAAAUUUAAAUUGUUAUUUUUUGUCUUUGUAGGUUAACAACUUUGACUUUUUUAAAGUUUAGGUAAUAAAAAUUGCAUUUUUUUUUAUUUUGGGUAACAAAAUUUUAUUUUUUGCUAUUUUUAGGUAAUAAAAUGUAUUUUUUUGAGUUUUUGUAAUAAAGUUAGAUUCCGAAAUUUUUUUCUCAAUUUCAAAUUUUCAGAGUAGUACUACUAACCCAAUUCGGAGCCAACUUCAUCAGUCAGCUGAUAGCAUCAGUGACAGACUUCAGUAAGGCGAGAGUCGCAGCCGAGAACAUCCUAGGAGUAAUUACUGAACCUGCCACUGAUAUGGACAAUUUGAGCGACGAGGGACUUCGACCGGUAGGUAAAAUACGUCAUUGAAUUUGUACGAUAUUAACGACUAUAUCUCAUAUCAUGGUAAAACAUUUGGUAUGUUUUCAGAAAGUGGUCGGUCGAAUCUCCUUAAGCAAUGUCGAGUUCCGCUACCCAAGUCGGCCGAUCAUCCCCGUUCUGAAGGAUAUAACUAUGAAUGUUGGCGCUGGAAUGAAUGUAGCCAUCGUUGGACCGUCGGGAAGUGGUAAAAGCUCUAUUAUAGCAUUGUUACAACGAAUGUACACUCCACAAAAGGGUCAAGUUGUAGGUUUAUAUGGCUGUAAUCCUUUGUGGUUAAUAUAAUAUAAGGGGCCGGGAAAAGCCUUGUCGUCAAUUUUCAUUGAUUUUCAAGGUAGAAGACGACAAAACUUUUUUUAACUUGGUUUUUUUGGUUGUUGGGCUUAAUUUUAGGUAAAAAAUACAGGAAGAAUUGAAAAUUUAGGUAACAAGUGUAGGUAAAAAUGUUAAUUUAGGUAAUAAAGGCGUUAAUAUUUCAGUUCUUAACUUUAAUUUAGAUAAAAAGUUGAAGUAAAAAGUUAUUUUAGGUAAAAAAAUUGAGUUGAAAUUGAAAAUUUAGGUAACAAAUGUAGGUAAAAUAACAAAUUUAGGUAAUAAAAACCUAAAUAUUUAGUUUUUAGGUCUUAUUUUAGGUAACAAAUUUAGAAUGAAAUGAAACUUUAGGUAAUAAGUGUAGGUAAAAUCGUUAAUUUUAGUGAUAAAGGCUUUAAUAUUUGGUAUUUAGACCUUAAUUCAGGUAAAAGGUUUAAUAAAAAUGAAAAUUUAGGUAACAAUUUUAAGUAAAAAGCUAUUUCAGGUAACAAAUUUAGGUAAAAAAUGUGAAUUUAGAUAAUAAAAGCUUAAAUAGUUUAUUUGUCGAGCUUAAUUUAGGUUACAAAUUUGAGUAAAAGGCUAUUUUAGGUAACGAAGUUUAGGUAAAAAUGAAAAUUUAAGUAAUAAAAGUAGGUAAAAGUGUCAAUUUAGGUAAUAAAGACUUAAAUAAUAUUAUUUUUGCAAGUUUGUUUAGGUAAAAAAUUAAAGUAAAGGGCCAUUUCAAGUAAGAAAUUUGAUUGAAAGGUUAUUUUAGGCAACAAAUGUAGCUAAGACUAUGAAUCUAGGUAAUAAAGGCUUAGAUAUUUGAUUUUUAAAGUUUAAUUUAGGUAACAAAUUGAAAAUAGUUUCGUUUUUAAGUUGAAAAUAUUGAUUUAGAGCAAGAAAAUGAACUUUUUAUUAAGCUAAGGUAAUAUAAACUUAAGGCUCAAAGGGAGCUAUUUUAACCCUAAAGAUAGUCAUUAUUACCCAAAAAAUAGUGAUUUCAACUCUAAUGAUAGUCAUUUUAAUCCACCCCAUCUUCAGAUGCUAGACAAAUACAAUGUAAAAACGAUAAACCCGUCGUAUCUUCGUCGUAUCAUCGUAUGUGUAGGCCAAGAACCGACCCUAUUCUCAUUUUCCAUCAAAGAAAACAUUGCCUACGGGCUGGAUGAAGACGAAUUCACGAUGGAGAAGGUGAUUGAAUCAGCCAAAGUGGCCAACAUCCACGACUUCAUCGUCUCAUUGCCUAAGGGCUACGAUACUGAGGUGGGUGAGUAUGGUGCUCAGCUGAGUGGAGGACAAAAACAGAGAAUUGCCAUAGCCAGAGCCAUCAUCAGGAAGCCAAUGGUAUUGUUGUUGGAUGAGGCUACGGCCGCGUUGGAUGCUACGUCAGAGAAGGCGGUACAGCAGGCGGUGGAGAGGGCUAGCGAGUACUGUACUUGUAUUCAUGGUAAGGGUUUUUCUUUUUGAAUGGGGGGGGGGUAAAGUAUUUUUCAAAAAAUGGGGGAGGGGUAAUGACUUUUUUUAAAUUUCAAAUGGGGAGGGUAAUGACUUUUGUCAAAUUUCAAUUGAGGGGGGGGGGUAAUGACUGUUUCAAAACUGGGCGGGGGUGGGGUAGUGUAUUUUUAAAAAAUGGGGGGGGCGGGUAGCGUUCUUACAUUUUAUAAAAAGUUUGUUAACAAUAUAUAUGUUACAGUAGCCCACCACCUCUCAUCCAUCCGCACCGUGGACAAGAUCUUUGUUGUAGUAGAUGGGAGGAUCAGCGAACAAGGCAGUCAUCAAGAGUUGAUGCAGGAGAAGGGGCUUUACUACGAAAUGAAUCAACUUGAAAAGUAG